UGCGCCUGCGCACUGGGCGUGCCCGCUGGCACCCGGGACCUGCUGCAGCUAGAAAAGCUCGCUGCCAACCUCCGCCGUGAAAGCCGUUCCCCGACUGCGUCCGCCGCGCUCCCAGCCAUGACGUCCUGCAGCCGCGUGGCGCUGGUGACCGGAGGCAACAAGGGCAUCGGCUUCGCGAUCACUCGUGACCUGUGUCGGAAGUUCUCCGGGGACGUGGUGCUCACGGCCCGCGACGAGGCGCGAGGCCGGGCCGCGGUGCAGCAGCUGCAGGCGGAGGGUCUGAGCCCGCGCUUCCACCAGCUGGACAUCGACGACCUGCAGAGCAUCCGCGCCCUGCGCGACUUCCUGCGCAAGGAGUACGGGGGGCUCAACGUGCUGGUCAACAGAGGGGGAAGGGCCCUAAAAGAUGCAGACCCCACACCCUUUCACAUUCAAGCAGAAGUGACCAUGAAAACUAACUUUUUUGGUACCCGAGAUGUCUCCACGGAGCUACUCCCUCUAAUAAAACCCCAAGGCAGAGUGGUGAAUGUAUCGAGCAUGCUGAGCAUUUCAGCCCUGAAAAAAUGCAGCCCAGAGCUGCAGGAGAAGUUUCGAAGUGACACCAUCACAGAGGAGGAGCUGGUGGGGCUCAUGAACAAGUUUGUGGAAGAUACAAAGAAAGGCGUGCAUGCAAAAGAAGGCUGGCCCAACAGUGCGUAUGGGGUGACCAAGAUUGGGGUGACGGUGCUGUCCAGAAUCCAUGCCAGGAAGCUCAAUGAGCAGAGGAAGGGGGACAAGAUCCUCCUGAAUGCCUGUUGUCCAGGGUGGGUAAGAACUGACAUGGCAGGGCCCUCGGCCACCAAAAGCCCAGAAGAGGGAGCAGAGACCCCCGUGUACUUGGCCCUUUUGCCACCAGACGCAGAGGGGCCUCACGGACAGUUUGUUGAGGAGAAACAAGCUAAGCCGUGGUGAACUCACUUCACGAUUCCUCCCACAGCCUCACCUUUGUGCCCUGUCCCGAUUCGGGCCAAAAGACAUUUACUUUGUCAGCUUAUCCUUAUCCAAACAAGCUGUGUUAACUCACUACUAGUUCAGCAGUCUACUUACAGUGUGGCCUUUUAAUUUUAUGACGAUUUUUGUGAUUCCCUCUGUGAUACCAAAAGAAAAAGUAGAUUGUGGAAAUAAAUAAAAAUGACUUGACUGAUUCUUUAUACACA